UGAAUAACAAGCUAGAUACCAAAUAGCAAAUACCAAAGCAUUUAAGAAAGUGGACAUCCUCGUAAUCCACCCACCAAAACUACUCUCUCAAAACAACCUCGCGAACCAAACAUACGUACAAACAAACCUUUGAUAAUACACCAACUACCACACAAUCACGAGGAAAUAACUACAAUCAUGCUAGCGCUAACCAACUACACCCUCGCCGCCAUCGCAACAACAACCCUCGCCCUCCUCCUCGCAGCCGCCUACCUCUCCGGCGCCCUCGAUCCUGUCAUCAAAGAGGUGGGCAUCAUGUUCUUCAAGGCGAAGGCCGAGACGGAGGCGAAGAAGUUGCAGGCGCAGGGCUGGAAGCAAGGAGAGGAUUUUACGAAAGGUGUGUGUGUUACCACUCUCUUCAUUUUAUUUACUUUUUUUUUGCUCUUGUUUUACUUUUCGUGUUAUUGGGAAAGUUACCAGGUAACAUUACGAGUGUGGGUUGUUUGUGAGUGAUGUGAUGAGAGUUGUGAGGAAGGUGUGGUGUGGUGUGGUUGCGUGGUGAAUUGUGUGUUAGUGUGAUGGAUGAGUGCUGAUGUGUGUGAAUGGAUAGGUCAGCUCGAGGGUAAUAAACAGGCUGCUGAUGUUGCGGAGGGCUUUGGGAAGAUGGGUGCUGGAGUGGGGGGAUUGAAGGUUGGAUUGUAGAAGUUGGGAUGAAGAGUGUGCGGUCCCGGAUUGUGAGAUGAGAUGACAGGUCGUAAUGGGGAAGAAGAGACGAAAUGUACUCGUACGAAAUACGAAGGUUUGUUGGAGAUGGGAUGGAGACGUGGAACGUGAUUGCGGGGAAAUGGAAGAUUAUUUUAUUCUUCUUUCCCACGAGGCUUUGGCUUUGGCUUUGGCUUUGGCUUUGGGGCUUGGACUUGCGGCUUGACGAUGCGUAAUCUACUGUAUGCACCAGGAUAGGGGGUUGUGCAAAAAGGGGGUCGGUGGCUGGCGCCCUGGCUUGAUGAGGAAGGAAUCUGGUAGCCGCAUCAAUCGACG